UACGUUUCUUCCGGCUGGGCCGGUGUAUCUGGAGAGUCGUGUGAAAGAUCUAAGGUGCAAAGGUUGGGAGACAACCUGGAAAGACUGCAACUAUCAACUGGUGAACAGUGGCGACACGUGCGCGUCCAUCGCCAAACGCAACGCCCUGGUGAUAUGCCAAAAUGUUGCACGGCUGCAGGAUGGAUCCAGCCCUGCCGUAGGCACCGUCAACAUCUUUUACAACGGCAACUGGGGAGAUGUGUGCCACGCGUCCACCAGUUGGAAUCCGCUGUGCAGACAUUUAGGAUUUCAAGGGGCGUUUGACACUGGAAGUGUCACUAGCAGGUCGUCAAGCACAACUCACGUGACCAGUGUCGCGUGCCAGCGCUCAGAAUUCUCAUUUGCAGAUUGCCAGCUUACCUUCGCCUCUAGACAGACGUGUCCAGCUGGCAAGUAUCAGAGCGUUUCCUGCGGACUGAUCCGCUUGCAGGGAAGCUCUUUACCAAAUCGCGGGCGAGUGGAAGUAUUUGAUGGACGCGAGUGGUUGGGCCUGUGCGGAAGCGGCGCUUGGCACCUGCGAGCAACAGCCGAUAUCGUAUGCAGGGAAUUGGGUUUCUCCACAGCAGAAAGGUUCGGACACGGCCGAUAUGUCGCAUCCAAUUCGGGUUCUCCAGUGCCGGAAGUGCGGUGGUGCCCCUAUGAUGCACAGUCCUUGUUCGACUGCACUAUCGCCAGGCCCCGCCAAGGCAACUGCUCGCAACACACAGCCUACGUCGAGUGUCAUCCAAAUUGUCUGUUCGAUCCGAGAUCAUUUCCCCAUAUUGGCGUUGGCAUGCCGCUUAGAAGCCUGAAGAAGGGCAGGCCCAUUAGUUUACGUUGCAGAAGUGAUUUCUACCCAACCCAGUCGCUCAUCUACUGCCGAACAGAAGGGACACGGGGAGUGUUGAGCCCAGGACGAUGCAAUGAAAUAUAUUGUCUGCCGAACACCACUGCACCGGCCAAUGGCAGCUUCCGUCACUCCGGACACCAUAGGACACUCGACUGUGAUAGUGGCUACGAACCACAUGGGCCGAGAUACCAGUUGUGUGUCAGACAAGAUAGACGAUCAUCCAUCUGGCGUGGUCAAGCUGGCACAUGCAAAGAUCGAAAUGAAUGCUCAACUGGGUCUCAUGGCUGUGACGACACAACGGCGUUGUGCAGGAAUAUGGCCGGGUCAUACGAGUGCCCAUGUCGACAGGGAUUUGAGAACAAUGGCACCGUGUGCCAAGAUAUUGAUGAAUGUGCAAACGAGACACUACACAACUGCACGAUGACAGAGCCCAUGAUGACCACGUGUCACAAUACCAAUGGCUCAUAUGUUUGUAUGCUAUUGCAAGGAACAUCAGAUGGGGAUGGAUUAUCAACCAACCCACGUGAUCAUUCGCACGAGGAAAAUCGCAUCAUUGUAGCGGUGCUCGCCUCUCUGCUGGUUGCUAGCAUCGUGUUCAACUCCAUCGUCGUGUUCUACCGUCGCAAACAGUCAAACACUGUGCCAGCAAUGGAGAUGACGUCACAAUCGCAUAAUGCAGCCGACAAUAUGCGCUACAACAUGGAAGUCGUCAACGGUGGCGGGUGCAUGACAGAGGAUGUACCAACACUGAAGCGGGAGCAGCAGCAACAGCAACAACAACAGCAGCAGCACCAACAGCAUCACCAGCAGCAGCAGCACCGACUACAGCGACGACCGCACUAUCAGAGCCCCAACAACAGGUCCAAAAUCCGGAAGACACCACCUCCACCGAGCUGUCCUCCUCCACCACUGGACGAAGUGAUCUACCAGAACCACUGAUAGGAUUGCAGAUGACCAGAACCACUGAUGGGAAUGCACAGGCUGUAGUCAAUUAACUGCAGUGCCAUACACUUGGUACCGUGAACAGUUACUGAAACAGGGCAGGGGUGGGGGG